GACAAGAACAUUGCAGCCAGCAAUAUUCUUCCGUGCCCGGGGGAAGAUGAACCGGAAACACGCAGCGAGUACGGAGAGGAGCACCCGCUUGAACAGAACGAGCCUGGAUCGAACUGUUGAAAUGACCAGUUUUGUGGAAAGCAUGGAGAGUGGAUUUGAAGCCGAAAAUUCAGAUGCUGUGACUGGACCGGACAAUUUACCGCCCUUAAACCUGUUCGAGAAAGAAGCAAAUGAUGUGAGAAAUCACCGAGUGCCAUGGCAAUCCUAUGUAAAGGGGCAGAUGAUUUCACAAGAGGAUUUCUCAUUUAUCCGAGACUACGACAAUGCGAAUGGGGAGAGACGCGAUCAGCUGAUUCACAACCUAGGACCUCAGUGCGCUAAGGUGUUCAUCAGACUGACGGGACGCAUUGCUAAGGAAUCUACAGUGCGGUAUAUUCUAACCAUGAUUGACAGUAUGCUCAAGGAGAAGCCCGAGCGAGUCAGUAUUUUUGUGGAGCAUGGCAAGAAGACAAAGACGGCACCAUGGACUCCAUUUCUGAACAUGCUGAAUCGGGAGGAUUCCUUCACUGUCAAUCAGGCGUGCCGGAUCAUCACCAAGCUCGCCUGCUUCAGCCGGGACAAGAUGAAUGCCAACGAUCUGAAAUGCUUCUUCAAUUGGAUCAAGCAUCAGCUGACCAUGACUCUGAACGGCUACACGCAGACCGUGGUGGAGAGCCUGCAGCAGAUGCUCAGACUGGACGUGUACCGGGUCGCCUUCAUGGAGAACGAGGGAGUCAGCACGAUCCUUACAGUAUUGGCCGGUAAGGUCAGUUUCCAGAUCCAAUACCAGCUGACAUUCUGCAUCUGGAUGCUGACAUACAAUCCACAACUCUGUGCACAACUCAAUAAAUACAGCAUCAUUCCUGUUCUUGCCGAUAUCCUGAGUGAGUCAGUCAAAGAAAAAGUCACAAGAAUCAUCUUGCUGGUCUACAGGAAUAUGAUUGAGAAGCCGGAGGAGAGGGAGGUUGUCCAAGAGAACGCCCUGGCUAUGAUCCAGUGCAAGGUCUUAAAGCAACUAGAGGUCCUCCUAGGUCAGAAGAUUGAGGACCCAGACAUCACGGAAGACAUCGAGUUCCUCACUGAGAACCUACAGAAAAGUAUGGUGGACUUGAGCUCCUUUGAUGAAUAUUCAUCGGAGGUCAAGUCGGGUCGUCUGGAGUGGAGCCCCGUGCACAAAAGUGAGAAAUUCUGGCGGGAAAACGCCAUGAGGCUGAAUGAGAAGAGCUAUGAAUUAUUGAAGAUCUUGACCAGACUUCUUGAGACCUCCAAAGACCCACUGGUACUAUGUGUUAGCGCUCAUGACAUUGGUGAAUAUGUCAGACACUACCCAAGGGGCAAAAACGUCGUUGAGCAGCUGGGUUGCAAGCACCUAGUGAUGUCGUACAUGACCCACGAGGAUCCCAACGUCCGCUACGAGGCACUCCUGGCUGUACAGAAACUCAUGGUCCACAACUGGGAAUAUCUAGGGAGACAAAUGAUGCAAGAAGUGUAACCAUGACAACCAAUGGUGCUGCCAAACAGAAACAAACUAGAACAUGGAAUUAUAUAUGCGUUAGGGAUUUCGGCGAAAUUAGUAAAAUUAUUAGUAUUAAUGAAGUAUUACCUUAUUUUGAUAAAACGAGACAGUACUUGAAGGUCCAGUUUUAGGGCGACUAGAAAAGAUGAGGAAUUUUACAUAAUUGUUGGUUCGGUGCAGGUGGUAACUCUGUUUUGUUAAAAGGUCACAUCUCGUUUGAUAUUUAUACAACCAGUGUUUUUUACGACCCAGUGCAAGAAGGGUAUAUCAUCACAUCUGUGCAAAAACAUCAUAUCUCCAUUUUGCUAAAAUGUUGUAUCUUGCAUAAAAUACUCUGUGCACAAAACGCAAUACUUCAGUACAUCCUUGUUUCAGUCAAUUUUAAGCUAGAUAUGACAUUUUUACAAUCUCAAGCUCGUGUGAAACAUAAGUGCUAUUUAGGAGAUAAGACAUUUUUGCGUUUGUGUAUCUUGUACAACACAUACAACCAAAUGGCUUGUUGCAAGAACCUUAAAUCUUGCACAAAACACCCAAAAAGUUGCAGGGCGUAAGGUCGUACUUUGAAAACAACCAACAACCAAACAGAGGUUCAAUACUCAUGCUUGUGUUCUCACAGCUCCAAAAUGUCUUGUGAUUGAGGUUAUUCCUCAAGAAACAUUUGUCUUGUACUCUCACUCAAUACCCGUACUCAUGGAAAAGUACUCACCAAAGACCUCUACAAGCAAGUGACUUGGUGCUAGAAGAUUGUCGUGAAGGUAGAAGCUUCACGCUGGCAGGGCUCGUUGGUGGAGGCUAGACCUUUAUCAUGAUGUCACCAUCUUGGUCAUGUUCCAUGUUUCCAUAAACAGUAAUGAGUGCUAACAUUCACUGCGCAAACAUGGCACCAGACUAUUAUUUUACCAGCCUCAGUUUGGUUACAAUGAGUUGGAAUGGAGUGAAAUCAAGAUGGCCGCACCAUAGUAAAGGUCUAUAUAACCAUAGCUUGGUCCUGGUUGGCUCUCGAUUUCGUAUGAGCCUUUGUAGUCAUCUUGGUGUGUUUCUGAGAGGGGUCCAGUUGCUCCCUUCCACUCCAUAGAAUUAAUUACCCUUGUCACCAACCAAAGGUAACAAGUGCUGGAUGGGUCUGGUGCAGGGAUAUAGACCCGACUUAACCAUAGGUAGAAGCCCACUCACACCACGCUGGCAGGGCGUGUUGGUGGAGGCUAUAUAACCAUAGCUUGGUCCUGGUUUGGCUCUUGGUUUCGUACGAGUCUUUGUAGUCAUCUUGAUGUGUUUCUGAGAGGGGUCCAGUUGUUCUACUCCAGAGAAUCAUUUACCCUCGUUUCCAACAAGAUUGUAUCUUGCACAAUAACAUGUGUAUGAUAUCCUGCAACAUUUUAAAUAAUAAACAUUAUUGUUGUACAUGAAGUUCCGACAAAUUUAUGCAGUAAAAAAUCUUCUUCUUUUAGUUUUCCAAGGACAACAAUGUGCUGUGUAGAUCCUCAAUUUUGUGCCAGUUUGAUCUGUAAAGUUUUCCCUCGAAUAAAGGGUGCGUUUGAUCAGCUUCCCUGUGUCAACCCGGCGGUGCUUCACACGGGUGAGCCCCCUGACAAGAGCUAAUCGAACAAUCACUCACCCUCUGGUGGCGACAUCAUUCACCUCAGGCCAGCUCCAAGGUGACCCGUUCCACAAGCAGGGCACUUGGGGCUGACCCGGGUAAGCCCCUGGAAUGACGUCAGAGCUAUUUGAACGUACCGUGGGCAGACUGGGGUCGACCCGGGACGCCAAUCAAACGCACCCAUUGUUAACUUUGCAAAGAAACUAGUGCUGCAAUGAUUGUACAACUUCACAUGAGAUUGAUAUCAAUGUUAAUAGUUUUACACUUUACUUACAUGGUAGGCCUACACAUGUAUAACAAUGGUCAUGGAAAACUUACCUUCAAAUAUUUUUGCUGGAAGUGUUGGCAGCAUGGUGUAAACUUUCAUUCCCUUUUAGAUUUUGUGUCCUUUCAUAUCUUGUCUGUUUUAUCAAAUCAUUCCAUGUAAAACUUUGUGCUAAAAUGAACUCUAAAAGUAUUGUUCCUGACAAACCCAUGUCAACCCUCCUACUGUCUGACCAUUCAAUUAGAUGAUAGACAAAAAUAAUAUGCAAUGAUGGUUUCAUGUGGUGAAUGUCUAUAUGCAGUACACACAUUUACAUGUAAACAGUUAGUUAAAUACACAACCAAAGCAUUGGAAUUGUUUCAAAUGGUUGAUUAUGAUUAAUUUGUACAUUUUUGAAGAACAAAAAUUCUUCAAUUUUCACUACAUAACUGGAAACGGAAUAAUACUUCCAAAAAGCUUUAGCCCAAAUUGUUCAAUGCAUUAUUUCAUCUGUGACUAUUUGUGUACUUGUCAGAUGCAAGAUUGUAUCUUCUAUCUUUGUUUUAUUUAUUUGGGGUCUAUGUUCUUUUAAAUUUUACAGUUAGAGUAAAUCAUUGUGUUUUGAAGGUCUUCAAAUAUAAUUUUUUUCAACUUUGGACAGUCUUGAGGAUAGGUAAGGAUGGUAUAGACCAUGUGAACUUUGUUUACAAUAAGUGUGACCUUGUGUAUUCUUUGGGUGGUCUGGCUAGCAAGAUACUGCACUGGUCAUAUGGGAAAGUUGACAUUUUGUGUCAUCAUUUCCACAUAAAUCCAAGAGUUAUGAAAGUAAGAGCUGGACAAGUUGGACAUCGUAUCAAAAGUUGAUAAGGAUUAGACAGUGCAUUCUCCAUAAAAUAUAAGAGUUUAGGAUUUCUUCCAUUAGGCUGUG